CAGCACAGCACACCGGCAGUAGGUAGCAAGUCAGUGUUGUUUAUUUGUUUAAAGCCAAAUAUAAACAGGAAAGGAAUGAAAUCAUUUCCAGCCUCCAGCUGUCCAGGAAAAUACCUGUUUAUAAAUAAAAAUGGAGAAAGGAGAGAUGUCCCCAUCCUGCAACCUCAGCUGUCAGUGGCAGGGGCCCUGGGGCUCAGGGCUCCUCACCCUCCGUUCCUGGGCCAGCAGUUUUCCAUCCAAUGUGGAAUUUUGCCCAGCCCAGGCACUUGCAGGCAGGAGGAGGAGGGCAGGAGGUGGGAAAUACAGCAGCACUCUGUCCCUGCCACAGUCCCCGUGUCCCCCAUGGGGGAAGAGCCAGCGGGGAGGCAGGGCCCUCAGAGCUGGGAUAUCCCCGGAGAUGCCCAGAAGGGUCAGGACAGCACCUGGAGCCAGUUCGUGUGCAGGUGGAGGUGGCCUGGAAGGGAGCAGAGAUCCCAGGGACCCUUCUCCAGCCCAGAGCAGCCCUUUCCUCCUCAUCCUCCUGCCUCCACUGCUCUCCCUGGCCCCAGGCAGGGCUGCCUGGUCUGGAUGCUCCUGGGGCUUGGUUUUCCUGCAAAGGUUGGAGACAAACUCCCAUGGUUUGUCAGAGGCCUCACUGCCUGCCCUCAGCUGGGUCAGGAUGGCUCCAAAAGGGUUGGGAGGGCUUCCCCAGAGGAUCCAGGAGCUGUCCCUCCCUGAACCUUGGCUGCUGGAGGGCACCAGCAGCUCCUCAGCCCGGCCUGGAGCAGCAGCACACCAAGACUUCGGCCUCCAGAGUGGAGAAACCUCCUGGGGAUGCAGCUGCCCCCAGGACAGUGCCUGGGAAUGGCACUGCCCUGGGAUGGCACUCACUGCCUGGGAUUGGCACUGCCUGGAACACCCCUGAGUGCCAGCACCCAGGGGCAAAGCCCAGAACCAGCCCUGGCUUUUCCUCACUCAGACAAGGAGUACUCCUGGCUUCCUGCCCCUUCCCAGCCUCCUCUUCCCCCAUUCUGGAUUUUCUCCUUCACCCCUGGAUUUUCACAUGCCAGCACCGGGGCUGUUCCGUCCCCAGGAGAGGUGACCAGUGACAUGGGGAGGAAGGGAGAGCAGGGCAUGAACUGCAGGGAAUUCAGCCCCUGCUCCCAAGGACUGUGGCACUGCACAGGAGAGACCCGGCCUGGCUCUGCACCUGGUGGGAGAGAGGGGAGGCAAUUCCACCUUCUCCAGAGAGCCACACAGGAGGGCUCCACACAGGACAGGACAAAUCCCCACGGACAGCCGGACAGCACCAGCAGCACCUCUAACACAGACACCACGGGCCCAGACAUCACCACACACACCAGGAGCUUUUGGGAUCCACUGCUGUCCCCUUGGGGAAAGGUGACUGUGCCUGCCCUGCCAGGAGGAGAGGGGCACAGGCAAACCCCAAAUGCCACCCCACCAUCCCACAGAGGUGUUCCCACAGCGCUGGGCUGUGGAUGUGCAGCCUGUGGGAACCCAGGUGCAUUCCAAGAGGCUGUUCCAGCAUGGACACAGAGCUAUCCUGGGGGGUCUCCAGCUCUCCUGGCCGCCCUGGAUGUAUCCUGGGAGUUUCCAGCUCUCCUGGCCACCCUGGAUGUAUCCUGGGAGUUUCCAGCUCUCCUGGCCACCCUGGAUGCUGGGCUGAGGUCUCCCACAGCAGCAGGUGCUCACAGGGGAGUUUCUCCUCCCCAAGACCAGACUCCACCCAGGGCAAGCAGCACUGGAGGCAGUGGGGACACCUGUCCCUAACUGGAGACCAAAGGAACUCACCAUUCCCUUUGGGUUUGUGUCAAAUCCCAAAAUCUGACUUGGCCCCUGGGCUGAGGUUGUGUGGAAAACACACUGAAACAGCCCAGGCUUUCCAAAUUUGGCACCUCCAAGGCUGUGCUGGUGCUCUGGGUGACCCAACACCCACAGCCCAGGUGUGGAUGUGGGCAGCACCCAGAGCUGGCAGAGCUGCCUGAGGUCACAGUUCCUCCAAGAACUCCUGCCAGAGGGAUGAGGAUUUAGUUCCAGGGCUGCCCUGAGCACCCAACCCUUCUGCACCCCGGGCCACACCAGUCUGGGGAGCAACAGCUCCCACACUUCCCCUGGGCCAGGCUCCUCUCAGGGUGUGAGCACAGAGUGGCCCCAGGAGAGGGACAAAAGGGCCCUGCUGGCUGCCCUGGGAGCCCUGAAGCACCCAGCAGCUCUCCAGGUGGCUUGGCAAGCACUGGCCAGGUCCCAGGGAAACUCUGGGUGCCUCCUGCUGGCUCCUGUGGCUCUCGUAUGGCACGGCUGCAGCUCAGGCAGCUCCUGGUGCUGAGGGCUCCUGUGAGCUCUGUCAUUCCCUGGGUGCACUGGAGAGAGACCCAGUGGCAACAGAAGGGAGCACAAAACCCCAGGAAUCUUAUGGGAACGGGGAGCCCAAGCCCUGCUCUGCCCCUUCUCAGCCACCCUGGGACUCACCAGCCCCAUUCCCAACCCUGCAUCCCUGCCAGGAAUCUUCUGGGAUCUGCUUUCACAAUGGGCUGGAGGUUUGGGUUCUACUCCAACCCUCAAAAACAAGAGAUGGAAUCUCAGAUUUUUAGCCUGAGGAUUCCCUACCCUGCUUCACCACGGGAACUCCUCCCCCCUCCAGGUUCCUGUCAGGACAGACCUGGGAUAGAGAAGGUGUCCCUGCCCAUGGAACAAGAGGAGCUUAAAGGUCCUG